CUAGGAUGCGCUGGUCGCAUCUGUCAACUCGUAAACAAGUUAUUUCGGAUUUUUGUUAAGAAUCCGGAUUAGUCGUUUAUAAAUCGUGUAAUAAGUAACGUUAUAAUUUUUUUGGUAAUUAAAUAUCGAAGUACUUAUUUCGUAUUAAAUUAAAAGUGUUCUAAGUUUCUUAUCCAAGCAGGUCCAGGAGAGUAAAUCAUUUAGUUACAAGGCCUAAAACCAUGUCGAGGAGACGAAAACGAAGCGAGACUGAUGCGCCAUCUCAUGGCCGACUACGAUGCGGCCGUCCGACCUGCCCAAAAUUCCUCGUUACCGCUCAGCGUCAUUUUCGGCAUUUCUCUUCAUCAUAUUAUCGAUGUGGACGAAAAAAACCAAAUCCUCACUACGAACUGUUGGAUCACUCAAAUUUGGAUCGAUCAUCAUCUUCGAUGGAAUGCCUCUGAUUUCGCCGGAAUCAAAGUCAUUCGGAUACCCUACAAUAGAGUCUGGAGACCAGACUUAAUUUUAUACAACAAUGCCGACCCACAAUUCCAGUCUUCAGUAAUCAAUACCAACGUCAUAGUUUCUAGCAACGGAGAAGUAGUAUGGCUCAGUCAUGGUAUCUAUCGAUCCUCGUGCGACAUAAACGUCGAAUAUUUUCCAUUUGAUCUGCAAAGCUGUUACAUGAAGUGGGCGUCAUGGACAUAUGAUGGGUACCAGAUCGAACUCGUGAAGCAAACAGAAGAAGGUGACGUAAGCAACUACCAAGCCAACGGCGAAUUCGAUUUGAUUAGUUUUUCAUCAGUUAAACACGUUGAAUAUUAUUCCUGCUGUCCAGAACCGUAUCCAGAUAUAACCUAUACGAUAAAACUAAGACGAAGACCGUUAUUUUACGUUUUUAAUUUGAUACUGCCCUGCAUUCUUAUAAACGGCAUAGCUUUGCUGGUGUUCUAUGUUCCAUCUGAAUCUGGAGAAAAAGUAACUUUGGGCAUUAGCGCUCUCCUUUCGAUGACUGUGUUUCUCAUGACGAUAAGAGAGACGUUACCACCUACAGAGAAGACUCCUCUAAUCAGUAUGUACUACGGUGUCAGUAUUUGUCUGGUCUCGUUCGCUUCAGCUCUAUCCGUAGUCACCCUCAAUAUUUAUCAUAGAGGCGUCAGGGGUUCAGCUGUUCCAAAAAUCAUGAGGACCAUCGUUUUGGGAAAGUUAGCGCCGCUGGUGUUUAUGAAAUUUGAAAACCAUCGAACACAACACGUACAGGAAAUUAAUCCACAAACAGGUACCAGAUUGGAUUGUCCGUGGCCUUGGGUCGACAAGCAUGCGCAGGAGGAUGGAUAUUGUCUACAACAACGUCACCAGAGGUCUCCGAAAUUCAUUCCGAAAACGCGCGAAAGCGAAUUAGGCAAGUCAGAUGCUUUCGAGAACCAAAUCAUCCGUAUUCUAAACAAAGUGCACGCCAGCAUCGACAAGAACGAUCACAGGAUGACAGAUCAAGACAGAAAAGAACUGACGGAAUUAGAAUGGAAACAAACAUCGAUCGUUUUAGACAGAGUUCUUCUCGCUAUUUUCAUGCUAAUCACCAUCAUCAGUACCACCACGAUUUUGUGCCGGAGUCCUAAAGACCAAACAUGA